AUCAGGAUCGGGAUUGGGGCUGGGAUCGGGGCUGGGAUAGGGGAUCGGGGCUAGGAUCGGGGAUCGGGAUUGGGGAUUGGGAUCAGGAUCUGGGAUCAGGAUCGGGGCAGAGAUCGGGAUCGGGGCCGGGAUCGGUUUCGGGGCCGCGGCCCGCCCGCGUUCCGCCCCUCUGUCCCGCCCCGGCCAUGGCGGCGCGGCUGUGGCGGCUCUGCAACCUCCUCAUGGCCGCUUUCUUCGGGCUGGCGGCCGCCGUGCAGGUGAACGACCCCGACGCGGGGCUGUGGACGGUUGUCUACUUAGUGCCAGCUGCCCUGACACUGCUUGUCAGCAUCAACCCUUCAAUAACAGACAAUGGUGUUUGGAGGAGCCUCUGUGACCUUCAUUCUGCUGGCUGUGUUGUUGGGACCAUUGCCUUGGCUUGCUCUUUGUUUGCUUAUGCUCAAGGAAACAUUUUUCAUGAAGAGGAAGGCAGAGAACUGUUUGGUCUUGUGAUUAUUGCAAUAUGGAUGAGUCUUUGUCGCAGUUCAGCAAAGAGUCCCCUGGGAGGAGUUCGCUUGGUUGCUGCAGUCAUCGUUGCCCUCUGUCCCUUUGUUUCAUGGCUGUACAUUUAUGUGAACAAGGACAUGCGAGAGUCUUGGCCAACACACUGCAAAACUGUGAUUUAACUGGGUGGGAGAAAGUCCACAGUAACCAUGCUGACCUUAUUUGCCUUUGUUUUUUUGCUUAAUGAAAGGUGAGUGUCAGUUUGAUAGGACCCAAGAAUACCUGGCUGCUUCCAGCAGUGCCAGUUGAGAUUUGGUAAAAUAUUGAGGAACACUGUCAAAUCUGAGUGGGGAAUUUUCUAUGGAAACUGUUCACCUUGCUGCUUCUUAGAUUUUCCAAACACCAUUGAGCUAAUGUCUGUUCUGAUGGUGUAUUCAAAAUAUCACUGUAUCCCUGGAUCACUCUCCAGUCACCUUGUAGUUUGGGAAAUCUACUAUUCUGUAACAUAAGGGACAAAUAAAGCAAAUACUGUUUUAAUAAAUGACUAUUUACAGUCAUAGAACUUUCAAAAAUGUGCCUGGAUAAUCUAUUUCAGGCUUACUGGAAAAUUGAGCAGUCUAUCUCUGUCCUGUGCUAAAAUCAUAUGUAGAAUAUAUCUGAAAAAAAUAUUUUUGCUAUUAUCUUUAACUGAAAGCCAUUGGUUUUACUGAGUAAUAAACACUAUUUUUUAUAAGAAA